CCACUCCUCUUUCCUCGUUGAUUCCUGAUACCAUCUCGUAUCCUGUAUCACCGCGCCACCGACGGCGAAUCCGCGGGGCGGCGCCCCGAAUCUGCGCUCUCCGCGCUCAGAUCUCCCGCCUCCGCGCUUCCGGAUGAGCCGCCCCCAUUUGCCCAAGGACCCGGCCUUCCCGCGCACCAACGGGUCCUUGGACGGCGGGGCCCGCGACCUCGGCGAGAUUGAGGAGGUUGGCGCUGCGGCCACCGUAGACGUCGAACAGUCCCCCCUGCAGUCCUCGUCUCCGUCGGCAUCGUCGCCGCCGGCGGCGGCGAUUUCAUCGUGCGGGCAAUACAUGCUACACCGGGUGCGCAAGCUGGACACCCUAGCGGGCGUUGCCAUCAAGUACGGUGUCGAGGUAGCCGACAUUAAGAGGCUGAACGGCCUCUCAGCUGAUCUCCAGAUGUUUGCACACAAGACACUGCAGAUUCCACUCCCGGGGAGGCAUCCUCCGUCAUCUUACCAGCAGAAUGGCUCAUAUGAGAGUGACGACAGGGAAUGUACUCCACACCGCAUUCAGAAUGAUAUCUUGGAUUCAAUAUUGAAAACACCAAAGCCCAAAGUUUCGCCAGCUAUGAGUCUUCUGCAGGGAUACUAUGGCCUUGCACCACCUCCAAAGAGAGAUCAAACAAGCGAAGGCACUGAGAUGGCAGUUUACAGUAAAGGCAAAUCUGCUUUUCUGGAUGUUGAGCCGUGGCUGGAGCCGCCAAAUUCCGACCCAUUCCCUCUCCAGAAUAGGAAAACCAAAAGCUUGACGAUAGGUUCUCUUGAUGGUGAUACUGAUGAGAAUGGUGACAGUGAAAGGUUCGUAAGGCGGCGCCAGAAAGCUGAUGGUGAGCUGUUACCGAGGGAGGAAAAUGGCGGUGACUUUCUGGCAAGCGCCGGAAAAGGCUUGGCACUGAGGCCAAAGUCUAGCAGUCGACCAGACAUGAACAAGAGCCAGCAGAAUCUUUUUGCAAUGGCGGAGCCUUUGUUUGGCAGCGGCAUGCAAACUGUAAGGAAAUCAUCCAGCACUCCAGAGUUCCAGGAGCCAGAGACCAGCACCAGUUCAUCCAUAUGGUCAGCAAGCAAGUGGAGCAUAAAUACAGAUGCUUUUGCUCUUCCUCUCCCCAUCCCUCGUUUUGACAACAUUCCGAAGCCCAUUGCUGCUUGGAGAAACAAGGCGGCUCGCGAUUAAUAAACUGCUAUAUAAUCUUGGUUAUGUGCAUGAUUUUUCCUGAACUCCAGGAGGCCCAGAACGUGUAAUUAGGUUGGCACCAGCCUUUACAGCUUUGGAAGCGAAGCAGAGCAGGACCGUAAUUGGCUCCUGCGAGCUAGAACAUUCUGAAGAUCAGACGCAUGUCGUCCAUGUUUCCAGAUGGUAUCUAGAUUAGGUUUACAUGAUUCUCAUGUUAUAUUGGGCAUGUUGCGCCAAGAGUAGCAACGUUAAUAUUCGGUCAUAUAAAUUAUAGAUGCUAGAUGACAUAGAGGAGACGAUAUUUGCGGAGGGUAUUCUUUUGUACACAAUGAGAUAAUGUAGAGCAUCAAAGGAAUCCACAAUGAGAUAUAUGUGUUGUAUGUGUGAUCCCAUACCCAAACAUGGAGGAGGAUUGCUUUAUUUAACUACAGAUUUUGUUUUUCUUC